AAUGGCGACGGUUUAGUGAAUGAAGCAAAAUCAUUAAAAAUUAUAUUCUUGAAGUGAAAUUAUCUUUUAACUGCAUCAAAUCAGCUACAGUCUUUGCUAUGAUGACGAACAGAACGGCAUAUUUCUACGACCCAGAUGUUGGGAAUUUUCAUUAUGGUGCGGGUCAUCCAAUGAAACCUCACAGAUUGUCUCUCACGCACAGCCUUGUUUUGCAUUACGGCCUUUAUAAAAAGAUGAUGGUAUUCAAACCAUACAAGGCAUCCCAACAUGAUAUGUGUAGAUUCCAUUCAGAGGACUACAUUGACUUUCUGCAAAAAGUCAGCCCUAACAAUAUGCAGGGCUUUACCAAGAGUCUUAAUGCUUUCAACGUAGGAGAUGAUUGCCCUGUUUUUCCAGGUCUGUUUGAAUUUUGCUCAAGAUACACUGGGGCGUCUUUACAGGGAGCCACACAGCUUAAUCACAAGAUCUGUGACAUUGCUAUUAACUGGGCUGGAGGUCUGCACCAUGCCAAGAAAUUUGAAGCGUCUGGAUUUUGCUAUGUGAAUGACAUUGUCAUCAGCAUACUCGAACUACUGAAGUACCAUCCACGGGUACUGUAUAUUGACAUUGACAUUCACCAUGGUGAUGGAGUACAGGAAGCAUUCUAUCUCACAGAUCGGGUCAUGACUGUGUCCUUCCACAAAUACGGGAACUACUUUUUCCCUGGAACAGGUGACAUGUAUGAAGUUGGGGCAGAAAGUGGCCGCUAUUACUGUCUAAAUGUGCCAUUGCGUGAUGGAAUUGAUGACCAGAGCUACAGGCAACUGUUUCAGCCAGUGAUCAAACAAGUAGUUGACUUCUAUCAGCCAACCUGUAUUGUUCUUCAGUGUGGAGCAGAUUCCCUGGGCUGUGAUAGACUGGGAUGCUUCAACCUCAGCAUACGAGGCCAUGGUGAGUGUGUGGAGUUUGUGAAGAGCUUCAAGAUCCCUCUGCUGGUGUUGGGAGGAGGAGGCUACACUGUGCGCAAUGUCGCUAGAUGCUGGACAUAUGAGACAUCUUUACUAGUUGAAGAGUCCAUUAGUGAUGAGCUGCCCUAUAGUGAAUACUUUGAGUACUUUGCUCCCGAUUUCACACUUCACCCAGAUGUCAGCACAAGGAUAGAGAACCAAAACUCCAGACAGUAUCUGGAGCAGAUCCGUCAGACUGUGUUUGAGAACUUGAAGAUGCUGAAUCAUGCACCGAGCGUUCAGAUCCACGACGUCCCCUCCGACUUGUUGACUUACGAGCGAACAGAUGAGGCUGACCCUGACGAAAGAGGCUCUGAGGACAACUAUUCCAGGCCAGAGGCUGCCAAUGAAUUUUAUGAUGGUGACCAUGACAACGACAAAGAGAGUGAUGUAGAGAUUUGACGGCAAGUCCUGCCAAAAGCGUCCUUGUUCUAGUUGCAUCUUGAAACUGGAUGACCAUUUUCUGAAAGCUGCUUGCAGCUUUUUGGUAUCUGAGAUGGAAGGAGUCCAUUACCCUUCAGAAUGAAAUUCAGAAUUCUCUUGAUCAUUUGGAUUUGAGUUCAUUGUAUUUAGUGGGCAACAACCAACUUAAAUCCUCUGUUUUUUGUUCGUUUUGCUUGUACUGUAAAUGUAUAGUUUUUAAUAUUUAGGACAUCCCCUAAAUGAGUAAUUAUUUGCCAAGCACUUGUCUUGCGUCGACAGGUCAAACAAUGCCUCAUCUCAACGGAGGUUCCAAAGCCAGAUCCCCCUACAAAAUCAUGUACUGAGUAUGGAUUGUCAGUGAAAUGUGAUUGUAGAUCCGUGCGUCCCGUCCAUUAUCUGCAGGCUGAAAUUUCAAUAUGGUUGUGGUGUUUGAGAUGAAUAUAAAGAAUCUCAGAGUGGUCCUCGGUGAAAUACUUUCAAUAGCAACUUUGCCUUUAAUUCUCAAAACCAGGGUGUACCCUGUGUGUAGGAUAACAGGCAGGGAAGUUUGUGUAUUUCUAACACCAGAUUCUGGUUGCACCACUUAGCAAACGCAGCUUAAGAAUUUAUCUUGAAAGGUGGCAGACAUAUUUUAACACUUCAAAUAAACCCUUUUUGACUUUAGAUCUUUGUUGGCCAUGAAAUGCCAGUGUUCACCCCCCAUGGUGCAGGCUCAGUUGAAGUUCUAGCUUUAUGUAUCAAGUACAAAUGUAUGUUUGUGUUCAGUCUAUUUCUAAUGACAAUAUUGACCAUGCUGU